UCGCGGGCGCAUGCGCAAUGGCCGCCAGCGUCCGCCGCGUUGCUGGGCGUGUGCGCUGUAGGGUGUCUGGCGGCUGGAGUCUCAGUGUACACACCAGACCUCUGCGCGCACACACGCAGCGGUAGUCUCUCCACUUGCUUCAGGACUGUGGGUGAUGCCCGCGCGGCUGGACUCGAGGGAGCGAGAGGCGUCCUUCUCCUUCAAGGUGGCUCGCCGCUUCCGCAGAGUGCGCUUCCCCUUCGGCAACAAGUCAGAACUCGAUGCGGAGGAUGAGGAGGUCCACGCCCCGGCGCGCCAGAUGCCGGACCGCCUGGACGCCAUCAGUCGUGCCACCAAGUUCUCCAAGGACGAGAUCCGCUACGUGUAUCGUGCCUUCAAGGCCGAGUGCCCCAGCGGCGUCAUCACUGAGCCCACCUUCAAGCACAUCUUCGCCAAGUUCUUCCCACUUGGAGAUUCCAGCCAGUAUGCACACUACAUCUUCACGACUCUGGACCGCAGCCAGACAGGCACUGUCACCUUCCGCGACCUCAUGGCUGGCCUGUCCAUGAUCAUGAAGGGCACGCUGCAGGAGCGACUCUGCUGGGCAUUCUCGCUGUACGAUGUGAACCGCGAUGGCUUCAUCACACGGCAGGAGAUGCUCGAAGUGAUCUCGGCCAUAUACAGCCUGUUGGGCGAUAAGCGCGAUCGCCCACGAAAGUCCACCCUCACGCAUGUCAACAGCAUCUUCCAGAAACUGGAUCUCAACAACGACGGAGUCAUCACAAUCGAUGAAUUCAUCGACUACUGUUCCAAGGACGAGAACAUAAUCGCUUCUUUCUCCGUGUUUGACGACCUGUGGUAAUGCGCUGUCAGCAUGUCGAAAGGUGCUCGCACGUAACUUGAUGGUCCAAAAAUGUUGUAACAGAUGUUAUAUUUUGUGUAACAAAACAAUAUUUUAUAUUGCAAUAAUGGAGAGCGUGUUCUUUCCUAUUUUUUUAAAAAUCAUUUAUUUAUAGAUAAAAUAGAUGAAUCAGGUUUUAACACAUUUUAAGAUACUAAAAUAUGUUGUGAUUGAUGUAAAAAUGGUUUUUUUGUAUGUUAGAUAGCAAUGUAUGUGGUGUGCAAUAAAUAUGCUGAGUUCAA